CUCUCUCUCUCUCUCUCUCUCUCUCAUCUCCCUCUUCUAUCACUUUCUUUCAUAGAACUCUCUCAACCAUUUUUCCAAUUUUUCAAAAGCUCUCUCUCUCUCCAGAUAUAUAUAUAUUGUUAUACAAUGGCAGCCUUUUCAUACAAUGGCAGCCUUGACUCAAUUUUCUUGCCCAACGCUCCGGCUACCAAUGACAUCAUCAUUUACAGUAACUUCUUUUCCCCAUCUGAGCCUUUAACCCGGGAAAUUCAAGCUGAUAAUAAUUCAAGAGCUGUUGAAAGCAGCUGCACUAUGGAUCACAGCUCCACUCAUAAGGCUGCUUUUAGUGACAAUGAGAAUGAGCCUUCUGUGACCAAAAACAAGAGCACAGAGUCCUCAACUGUUGUGGAUGUGGAUAGGCUUGAAAUUGGUGAGCAGGUCACUCAGAAAGUAACUCCUAUGGACAAGAAGAGAAAAUCCAGAAUUGGGUCAUCCUUCAAAUCUGCUCAAUCCAAGGGUACUCAAGAGCAUAAGGGAAAGAUGCAAAAGAAGAUUGGUGGCGGUACCAAGAAAGCUGAGGAAAAGAAGAUUAAAUCAGAUAAAAAAGACCAGGUGAAAGUAAGAGAAGAACCUCCAACUGGCUACAUUCAUGUUAGAGCAAGGAGGGGUGAGGCUACAGAUAGUCACAGCCUUGCAGAAAGGGUAAGAAGAGAGAAAAUUAGUGAGAGGAUGAAGAUGCUGCAAAAACUUGUCCCUGGCUGUGACAAGGUAACUGGAAGGGCAGUCAUGCUGGAUGAAAUUAUCAAUUAUGUUCAGUCCCUACAAAAUCAAGUGGAGUUCCUCUCACUGAAACUUGCUUCUUCGAAUCCAAUGUUCUUUGACUUUGGAAUGGACAUGGGUGCUUUAGUGGUUAAACCAGAGAGAUUGUGUAGCAUGGUAUCACCAUAUCCAUCUGCGCAACAAUGCAACCUAAUACAGUCCACACCUUUUGCUGAUACAUCCACCAACAUCACUGCCACCACUGCCGCUGCCACUGCCGCCAUCACCACAAAUAACAACUAUCAUUUUCUGGACAAUUCAGCUUCACAUCUACUUCAAAGGCCAAAUACCUUCUCUCAGGACAGUGAGAGCUUGUUGUGGGAUGUGGAAGAUCAAAGACAAAACUUUCAUAAUCCAUGUGGUUUCAGCAACAGCAACUUGUGUUCUUUCAAUUAAUUAUAAUGCAAAAAAGCUGCCCCACAAGCAUAACAGCAUAUGUUUGUGAACAGACUACAAGAAAGCAGCAAAAAACCGAGAAAAAGAAAACCAGACGUGGAAAAUUAAUCAAAAACUUAAGGUUCUCUUUUUUACAGUUCCAUUGGAGUGGGAGCUUUGAACAUGAAUAAAGGUCAGCAAGCAAUACCAGUGGAUGCAGAAGAACACAAAAGGACAACAGAUAGCAACCGACCAAUGAAAGACCAAAUCUUUUUCUAGAUCCCUUGCCUUAUAUUAUCCAAUGCACAAAUUCCAAGGCCCCAUAGCCAUAUGGUGGUGGUGAAAAAUUGGAAUUUUAAUAUGUAAAAGAAGAAUAUUAUAUUGACCAUUAAAUGUAUUUGACCAAUUCCUGUGGUUUCAGUUAUUCUAGUUAUUUCAGUUAUUUUUUUAA